CUGUUUAAUAUGGUGCAAUGUUAUAGAAUGUUCAUAGAGUAUUGUGUAGAAUAGAUAUAAAUGUCAGUCAGGUAGAAUAAGAAAUUGUUUCAGCACAUUUGUCUGAAUGUUUCACCAUUGGACUUUGUCAUUAUCGUUCAUCUAUAUUCUCAGUAUCAACAAAUGUCACCUCAGGCAUGAUCCAUAGCACGACCAGAACAUUCUGAUAACAAGAACAAAAGCCAAAGAUUGCCCAAUCAAAGGGUUGCAAUGCUAGCAAAAUUGCAUGGUUUUAUAAGGUGGGGAUGCUAGUUGCAGUGGUUUGAAUUCGUCCAGCACACUACUCAAAUGAGUGCAGUUAAACCCCAAUUACAAAUGUGGAUAUGCUUCAACAUCUAGACUGCAGCUAUAUUAUGAAUAAAAUAAGCAGGUCUAUGUACAGUUCAAGUCGGAAGUUUACAUACACUUAGGUUGGAAUCAUUAAAACUCGUUUUUCAACCACUCCACAAAUUUAUUGUUAACAAACUAUAGUUUUGGCAAGUCGGUUAGGACAUCUACUUUGUGCAUGACACGAGUAAUUUUUCGAACAAUUGUUAACAGACAGAUUAUUUCACUGUAUCACAAUUCCAGUGGGUCAGAAGUUUACAUUCACUAAGUUGACUGUGCCUUCAAACAGCUUGGAAAAAUCCAGAAAAUUGUGUCAUGGAUUUAGAAGCUUCUAAUGGGCUAAUUGACAUCAUUUGAGUCAAUUGGAGGUGUACCUGUGGAUAUAUUUCAAGGCCUACCUUCAAACUCAGUGCCUCUUUGCUUGACAUCAUGGGAUAAUCAAAAGAAAUCAGCCCCAAGACCUCAGAAAACAAUUUUAGACCUCGACAAGUCUGGUUCAAACAUAGCAGCAGAACAACAUGGUAGCAGCACAAAACAUGGUACAGUACAAACAUUAUUGGGCAAAGACAACAGCACAAAGGGCAAGAAGGUAAAGACAACAAUACAUCACGCGAAGCAGCCAAAACUGUCAGUAAGAGUGUCCAUGAUUGAGCCUUUGAAUGAAGAGAUUGAGAUAACUGUCCAGUUUGGUAGUUUUUUGCAGCUCGUUCCAGACGCUAGCUGCAGCGAACUGAAAAGAGGAGCGACCCAGGGAUGUGUGUGCUUUCGGGACCUUUAACAGAAUGUGACUGGCAGAACGGGUGUUGUAUGUGGAGGAUGAGGGCUGCAGUAGAUAUCUCAGACAAGCUCAGAACGUUCAAUGUGGUCCGUGUGUUUGUCAACGGCACUGCAUCUGUCAGCUGCCCCAACCUGACAGGCAAGGACCAGGAGGAGAUGAGAUUCCACCUAUACCUGGGCUUGGUCGAGGUUGGCAACCACACUCACGACAAUGGUCACAACCACAACUCCACAGAGACCGUGAGUCCUGUUGGGGAGGGUCUGGGGCUGAGGGUGAACGAACAGGACCAUACGGUCAGUUUUGUCCUCUCUGGAAUGACCACGGAGCGCGCUGGAGUCUAUACCUGUGAGGGGUACCCCAUGUACCCACCUCCCAUUGAGAAAGUACCAGACGAGCCUCAGACCUUGGUCCUGGUUGAAGCUUUCCAGUGCCAGGCAAGGAAGCCUGUGGGAUGUGUAGGCUCUGCUUGGACAUGGGUACUGGGGUUCUGGGUCACCAUCAUCUAUGGCCUGGCUGUCACUGUCAUCGCCUUUGCCAUCCGGGACAAUGACCCAAAACAGACCUCCAGGCUGUGUACGGGCUAUUUGACCAAGAAGGAGAGUGAUGGAGUGCUGCAUCAGAUGACCUGGCCUCCACAAUCACCCGGCCUCAAGCCAAUUGAGAUGGUUUGGGAUGAGUUGGACUGCAGAGUGAAGGAAAAGCAGCGAACAAGUACUCAGCAUAUGUGGGAACUCCUUCAAGACUGUUGGAAAAGCAUUCCUCAUGAAGCUGGUUGAGAGAAUGCCAAGAGUGUGCAAAGCUGUCAUAAAGUCAAAGGGUGGCUACUUUGGAGAAUAUAAAAUAUAUAUAAAAUAUAUUUUGAUUUGUUGAAUUUUUGGGGGUUAUGUGUUAUUUCAUAGUUUUGAUGUCUUCACUAUUAUUGUACAAUGUAGAAAAUAGUAAAUAUGAAAAAAAAACCUUGAAUGAGUAGGUGUCCAAACUUUUGACUGGUACUGUAUGUAAAACGACGAGCUGAUAAAUAAAAUGACGUAAGAUUCAA